AAGGUUCCUACGAUGUGAUCGAGAUGGACCCUGUGGAACUGCUAGCGGAGCACACCCACUUCUGUGAAAUCUGUGGCAAGGGAUUCAAGCGAGACGCCAACCUCCGCAUGCACAUGAGAGGCCAUGGCGACGAGUACAAGACGCCAGAAGCCCUUGCCCGUCCCGACAAGCACCUCGCAAACGUUGCCCAGCGCCCGAAACGUUUCAGCUGCCCGUUUGUUGGCUGCAAGCGCAACAGUCAGCAUCAGCGCUUCCUCCCGCUGAAGACGAUGCUGUGUGUGAAGAACCACUACCGCCGCACCCACUGCCCCAAGAUGCUCGCAUGCUCCAAGUGCGGUGCAAAGCGGUUCUCGGUGGUGGCGGACCUCAAGACCCACGAGAAGCACUGCGGGCGCGACCGCUGGCUGUGCUCCUGCAGCACGUCCUUCAGUCGCAAGGACAAGCUGCUCGGCCACCUCGCCCUCUUCAGGGGCCACCGCCCCGCCAACCCCUCCCUCACUGCUGCCGACGACGGCCCUGCAGGCGCCAUUGAUGAUGGUACACGAGUUGAAGCUCCUGCGAUUGCUGGGCCUUCAGUGCCUGCUCCUCCUCAGGUGAUGGAAAGGGAGAGGGAAGUGGUGGUGUAUCAGCAGGGGACUCCGGCUCAGCUCACUCUUGGCCAUGCUGCUGCUCCACCUGCUGCUCCUGGGGUUCAAGGCACUGCACCAAAUGGUGCUCCUGGUCCUGGUCCAAGGGUGGAUGGUGGUGGUGGUGGUCAGGCGAUCCUGUUUGGCAUGUCUGGACCCAGCCUUGUUACAGCGGAUCUACUUGGUUCUGCUGAGAGGCAAACACAACAGUAA